GGUAAACAAAAAGAUUCCCACGAUGAACGAUCCGGACCGGAAAAUUGAUAUCGAUAAAUCCUCGUUGCUGAGUUUGAAAGCGGAACUGCUGCGAAAGCAGGAAGAGGUGAGCAAAGCGAAAGCAACGAGCGUAAUCGAGGAUUUCGUGCCGAAGAAAGCUCCGAAGAGCGAGAAAGAUGCUGGUACACGGGAUAGUCGGAAGAAUCGUGCCAAUAAAGACCAAACUAAGAAGGUCACGGAACUGGAAGAUGCGGCGCAACUGGCACGCUCGAAGCAGGUGCUGCAGGCAAAAGCCAAGUACUACGAUCGGAUGGUGGCCUCGGGCGGGGCUCUGAACACCGACGAGAACAGUUUGGUGAUGUUCAACAAGAAGAAACAGGACAACAAACCCACCUAUCCGCUUUCGGAGGAGUCAGACCACGCCGAAGACAGCAGCAGCGAUAGUUCCGACGAGGAAAGCAACACUGGCCCAGCAGGAGGAGACGACGACGGAUGGGUGGAAUAUGUUGAUUGCCUCGGCCGGACGAGAAAGUGUCUUAAAGAGGAGCUAGACCUCUGCCUCGAGCGUGAUAAAGCGUUGGCCAAAGCGAUGGAACCUCGUGAAGGACAACGCAGAGAAGAUCUGGAAAAGGCUACGCAGGAAUCGGCAUCCACCGAUAUGCACGAAACGCGCACGCAACACUCAGAACAGAGCGACGAGGAAGAGGAAGGAGAAAUCAUUGGACCAAUGCCAUCGAUGGCCAUCAGUGACGCGAAUCUGGGAGCCGAGUUCCGUGAAAUGAGAGAGCAGUGGCAGAAACAGGAGGAGGCCAACUUACAAAAGGAUUCUAUCCAUUACCAGGAUGUUUUGUUCGACGAGGCCCGAGAGCAUGGUGUUGGAUACUAUGCGUUUUCCACCGAUCAGGAGGAACGGGCGCGGCAACGAGAGGAACUCGACUCGAUUCGUGACGCCACCGUCGAAGCACAGCGAGAGCGCGAGAGGCUACGGAUUGCACGUGAUAAAAUGAUCGCAGAUCGGGUGAAGGCGGCCAAAGCACGGCAACGGGCCCGCCAGGGUCUCCCCCCAGAGGAAGAUGAUAAUGAUGAGGAUAAACGGCAGAAGGAGAGCGAGCUGUACGACACCUCGGAAGAGCAGCGCAUCCGGAAGGCCGAGGAAAAGCAGCGCAAGAAGAAGGAAAAGGAGGAACGAAAGCGAGAACGGGAACGGGCCCAGCACGUGCGUCCUUGGGAUGAAGGUAAGGAGCAGAGCCUGGAGGACAAGGAAUGGGUUCCGGCGAAGGAGCGAUUCAUUCUAUCGCAGCACGAGUGGAACGAUCUGAAGCGAAGUGAACGGAUUGCGGAGUUUGCGCCUCCCGUUGAAAGGCCAAGCAGUAGCAACAAUCGUUUGCCCAGGGAAGCACCCUACCGGUCACAGCCGAACCGUGGUUCACCUUCGAGAGGUGCCUCAGAGCCGGAAAGUGAUUCAAGUGCCGAAGAUGAUUCGCCCAUCGUUGGCCCCAUGCCACCACCACCACCAGUACCCGUCUUCGAAGACAUACCACUACCGGAAGAGGAACCGAACUCGCGCAGUUUGUUUUUCACGACAAAGAAGAACCCGGCCAAGAGGGAACUGAAACGCCGUAAUCUGGAUGUAGUCGUCGAGUCGGAAGUCCCAGCAAAACAGAUUCCUGUUCCCAUAAGGAAUGAGUUGGUCGAGGGUAAGGGUGACCAUUAUGAUGGAAUGGAUAGUAUGCCCGAAGCAUUCGAGGCCCGUGGACGAGGGGCAGAAAUAGAGCCUCCGCCGACGUACGAGUAUUAUGGACCACCGGAAGGAGCAGGGAGCCGUAGCAGAUAUCUCGGCCGAGCAGCGACCAGUGGUGGUGGUGGUGGUGGUGCUAACUUGGAGGCAUCGAUUGAGGCGGGCUUGAAGUUUUUGAGAAAUCAAUCCGACAAGUCCGGUGGACCGGGCACUAAGAACCGUUGGUCAUCGAAUGCGGACUAUUGAAGUGAAUAAAAGGAAAUAUGCU